AAACCACCAGCAGCCAGAGCAGGCCCAAGGGGCUUCCCGGCUGGCAAGACAACUCCACUGGCAGCUAGCCACCUGCAUAGCCCCCAUGGUGCUCACCUUCCUCGCUUUGGGCAGAGUAACAAGGCUGGCAGAACGUGCUCCCCAGGACGCCCUUCUGGCCUCUCGUCCAUUAAAGGCACCCUUUUUCAAUAUCAGGGGUUUUUCUGUCCCCUAGGAACACCACUGGGAGAAAACCCCCCCACACAGGUCCUCAAUGUUGCAGUGAUGUCAGAUAAUAACCAUGCUCCCGGGUCACUCCCAGUGUGGCAGAUGGCUUUUACAGGAAGCCUGAGAAUGCCAUGCCGGUUCUGCCAGGAAGCCUAUCCUCUCACUGGUGCCGGAAGGGUUCCGGGGCAGCUUUCCUGUUCCCACCCAUCCCCCAAGCUCCUCUAUCAUUUGAGUUGGAGAUGGAAAGGAAACUACAGGCCAAUAUCUUGGAUGAUCAUAGAUGCUAAAAUAAUUGAACAAAAUCCUCGCCAACCGGAUACAGCAGUAUAUUAGAAAGAUUGUCUAUCAUGACCAAGUGGGGUUUAUCCCAGGGAUGCAAGGCUGGUUCAAUAUACAUAUAAAUCAAUCAAUGCGAUCCAGCACACCAAUAAAAGAAAAAAAAAUAAACAAAGAGUUGGGUGUGACCUCUGGGACUUUGUGACCCACAUUCCAGGUCCCCAGAGACAUCAAAGAGUGGAGGAUGAGGCACAUAUGUGUGACUGCCACCUUCACAGUCCUCUCAUGUGAUCAGCCUACUUGAUGGACCAUGAAAAAGGGCACACAGCCAUCAAGCCUUGGGGGGCAGGUUGUACCCCUGUGCUGCCCUGUCAAGUGAGUCAGAGGGAGCUGGGUGGGGAGGCGGCACAGUGGAUAUAAGUAGACAGCUGGGAGUCCGGGAGUCAGGGACCCUGGCCUCUCCUGGAAGAACAUGCGGCUUUUCUUGGGGUUUCUGCUGGCUGCAGCCCUGAGCCUGGAGUUGGUCAAAGCCUUGCAUUGCCAUGGGUGCAAGGGUUUUGGAGGGUGCGUACGGCACAUCAGAUGCCCAUGGAACUCCGACCACUGCGUCACCUUUGCCACCCGGUCCCCUUUCAGGGACCUGCCUCUGGUCACCAAGAUGUGCUCCGUUGGCUGCCCCGACUCAAUUGCAUUGCACCUGGGCCCCCACGUGUCCGUCUCCUGCUGCCAGGCCAGCCUCUGCAACCAGGACUGACUGACCUGCUCGUCCCACCUCAGCCAGCAAGCUCUCCACCCUCCCUCCAGACCUACUGGACCAGCCUCCUUGUUAGUCCUGUGGAUCCUCAACCAACUCCAGAGCCUUCCACAGACUGGACCCUCCUCUGUGCUGUUUCUUCUAGUCUGAAUCACUACCAAUAAAGAAUAUAAGCCAAUUCAUUUGA